AUGGUGAUCCGAUCUGUGAGCUGUGUGGCCCUAACGAGAUUCCCACUAUUGACGGACUGGAUUGCGUCCCCUGCUCUGAUGUUAGUACCAAUAGUAGCUGCGAAUGUUCACUGGUUGAAAUCAGAUUGGAACGAGACAUAAAUGGUACUCUUUUCAAUAACGUAAGAUGCAUUCCUUGUCCAGAGAACUCCUACCCAUCGCCAGAUGGAACGAGUUGCAUACCGUGUAGAAAAAACGCAUUCAGAAGUCACGCGAAUUGCCCUUGCCCAUUGGUUUCACAUUUGAAAGUAAAAGAGUACUGUAUUAAGAAAAAUGGGCUAAUGGAAUGGCCUGAUGUGAGAAGUACGUACUUAGUCAAAUACGAAAGCCAACAUAUCGACAGUUUUUACUUUAGAAACGAGCUGCAACUAGCUGUUUACCUGUGUAAAAAUGGAAACAAAACAGCUUGCGAGCAUGUGGCGAACAUGUGCGCCCUGACUUUAUUCACAUCUUCAAUACCAUGUAAAUUAUUCUGGGAUAAACAUAACUCUCCUUUAUGGCUCUACUAUGGAGAGGGCGAAGCGCCAACAGUACUCAAUCGUGAAAAAAUUUCACAAAAGUAUAGUCUGGAUGUAGAGAGUAAUAGUAGCAGGUUGAAUAUUACAUUUGCUACAUUUUCAAUGAAUGGACAAUAUCAAUCGAUCUCCGUACCAACUUUAAUCUGUGACUUGUUCAAAAAUAUCAGAUUUGGUAUUAAUAUUGAAAAGUCAUGUACAACAACUGCCAAAAUACUCAAUGAUAUAAAAAUGGAGUUUUUUGAACCAUAUCUUGGAUACAGAGAGGAUGAUAAAAUGAUUCUAUAUGCUCUGCCGGUUCUGAUCAGAAAUACGAAUAAGGAUGAAACUGAUGCUUCUCGAUGGCAACUGGUCAGAAGAUUUUUCUUUACUGAUACUACAGCUGGCAUUAGAGCCUUGCCAACAUCGUUAGGCACUGCCUUUAAGAGAGAAGAUUAUGCAACUGUUGUGAGAUAUGCUAAAUCUAUUAAUAUUUUAAUCAAAGUGCAGAAUAAAGAAGAGAAGGGAAAAAUAUUCGCACCAUUACUUAUGAUUGAAUAUGGUGAAUUGCUAAACGAACAUGUGCGCCAAAACGUUAAGGUGCAAAUUAGCUAUAAAAUCACUUACAUACUGGCAGAUAACGACAUGUACAAUGCCAUAGAGGUGUCUACAGGCGUUUUAUCAAGUUUAGCAGUUGCUUUUGCUGGAAUCAAGGCAUGGAGCUAUUGUAAACGAAAUGGCAGUGAAGUUCCAAAUUCCUGCACGUUUUUCUGGUUUUUUAUAUUUUGCUCCGGUCUACUAGGAAACGUUUUUAUAUUCGUAGCUUUCUGCGCCAGUGCUCACAUGUUCAUCUUUUAUAAAGGCCAGACAGUAAUGCAUGUUUUAUUGCCGAGUGAGGCCAACGAGGAGAAUGUCAGAAUAUUCGUGAUCGUUGCAUUCUCUUUAAAACUUGUUGAGAUAAUGGGACUCAUCUAUCAGAUUAGAAACAUUGACAUGUUUUUCAUUGAUUGGGAACAACCUAGGUCUAUUCAAAGCCAACCAAAGUAUGAUUCACCUCGAACAUCUCUAAAGAAAUUGUACGCUAAUAGAUUUUCUGAUGAAAAACGCAACUCGCCAAAAACGCCAUCAGAAAGAAUAUCAGCUAGUAGAAACAAAACACCGCGCAAAUUGGGUGGUAUUAAUACUCCGAGCAGACAUUCAAGACUCUCCGUUCAGAGUGAUUUAAACAAUUCAAAUCUCCCCGAUCAGUCAGGUGGAGAUAUUUUUUCUAUGGGAGAUACUGCUGAUCGUAAUGAUCAACAAAAAUUGCCAGUUAGUAUUUGGCGAACUUAUUUCAUCGCUAAUGAAUGGUACAAAAUUAAAACAAUCAGAAAAGUAAAUAUGCUUGUACAAGGCAUUGCAACACUGUUCAUUUUAGAGGUUGUUAAUCUUAAAUUCUGGGCUCGUUCAAAUCCAGAAUUUAGCAUUCGUGCUGUAGAGUCAACUCUGCAGGAAAGAGAAAGCUUUACACUAAAAUUUGCUGUUGGUACCUUAGUAUACAUAUUUGUAUACCUUGUACAAUGGCUGACAAUGGUUAUAUUUUACAACAGAUAUGUCAAGAAUCAUAUAAAAGAAUUUGUUGACUUAUGUUCGAUGGCAAAUAUCAGUAUAUUUAUUCUUUCUCAAAACCGUUACGGAUAUUAUAUUCAUGGAAGAUCAGUUCACGGAUUUGCAGAUACUGAUCUAGCUACUUUGAUCAGCGACCUAAAACAAGAAGAAGACAAUUUGUGCGCACACAGAGGACUUCUACCCGGUACCACAGAGCAAAGCUUUGUAAUAUUAGUGUCAGCAACUUUCAGAAACUUUUAUGAUAAAAUAAUGAACCCAAUCAAAUCGGAAGAAAGCAGAUUUCUCAGAAACGACAUAAUUUCAACACCAAAUUUGGAAAGAAACAUUCAAACCUAUCAAAAGAUGAAACAAUUCCUGACCCAAUUUAUAGAUCACUGUUUCAAAGACUUGGAAUACACUGUUAGAGAUAAGCAAUUUCUUGAGAAACUUUUAGACAUUGAAUUCAACGAAGGAAUCGAUAGAUCAAUUUUCUACGUAGACUACAACCAUUCGUUUGAUCGUAUAAUGUUUUAUGGUAACGAAUGGAUGUUAGUAACUUUUGAAAUUACCUUAUUCAACUUUAUGGAAGCCCUAUUUGAGGACUACACCUUGGCAAUAAUAGUUACAGUAUUUGCAUCACAGCUAUUAAUUAUCUGUUGCAAGUUUAAUGGUAAGAAAAAUUUAGCUCAGAAAACCUUGAUCGAUGAAAGAUUUUUACUAUGAUUUAAGAAAAUGUCGCAUGUAAUGAAGAGCCAAAGUAAUUUUAUGUGGACAAGAAAUUAAGGUUUCCAAGGUGCCUAAGUAGAAGCCUAGAAGUAUGUCGAUACUAUAUAUUAGUCCAGAAUAUAAUUAAGAUCUUUGUCGCUGUAGAAUAGCGGGUAACCCUGUUUAAUGGGACUGUAACUUAUAAUUUGCUUUUAUAUGAGUAUAAGUAUAAGAAAACCAGGAAUGGAAGAGGCAAAACGAUUUUGAGGUCGUAUUUAUGCAAGUAUCAGAAUGAUUGAUAAAAUCAUAAGGUCACUGUUAUACAUGUACCGCUCAUGUGUUCUAAUCACUGCUUCUACAAAUACAAAGUAAUAUUAAGGUUAAUGUCAUUGAUUUGUAUGACAUCAAAGAAAGACUGGAUUAAGUGUGGCAAGUAUUGUUCAAAAGUAAAUAAUGGAGAAUACAAUAUGCAGAUAUAUUGAAAACAUGUCUACUGGUACAAAAUAAAAUCGUGCUAAAACAAUAAUCACACUGUUCAUUGCAUAUAUUCUCCUGAUUCUUGUUAAGCCAAAUCUACUAGAAAUAGUUCGAAUAAUAGGAAUUUUAGUUACUGUGUUUAUUAUAUCAUAAACUACACUUGUAUCAUUACCAUCAUUUCAUUUAUUAUAUCAAUGGGA